UCUGAAACCUCCGCCUUGAGCGUGUGAGGUCCAAGUGAAGCCGCCGGAGGAGUUUUUUGUGUUGUCAGUCUUCAAGAAAGAACCAAGAAUCCGAGAGGAGCUAUGAAGGGUAUCCUGGUAUGCCAGUGUAUCCUCGUGGCUCUCACUCUGGUCGCCACCGUGACACAAGGUCGAGCGCAUCCCUGGAGGAAGCCUGUGCAAGACAUUCGUUAUCAGACCCGUUAUGGUAACAUCGAAAAUGGCCAGGAAACACGACAACACGGGAAAGUGUCAAGUAUUCAUAAACAUCACAGGACCCAGGGACAGCCUGCAGAUGUCGAAGCGCUUCUCAAAGAGACGCUGAUGGAGCUGCUGGAGGACGCGGCGGAGAGGCGCCUCCCGCCCCCCCUCGAGACGAACGAGCUUGAAGACAUAGGUAUUGACGCUGAACAAGCAGCUCUGUAUAGCGCUCGACACGCUGAUAUAGAAGAUCGGCCCCGGGACCACAGCAGGCAAAGGCACCCGUCAACCAGCUACCAGAUUCACCACGAGGAAGUCUGUAAAACCGUUAAGACCUGGAAGCUCAUCAACGAAACGGUGGAUGUUGAUGGAAACAAGGUGGUUAUAGUGAAUCCCAUAGAACCCAAACAAUACGUGUACAGCUACGAGUGCGUGUCGCCGUGUACAGCCUGUAAAGGUGUGAUGGGGCAGUCCAUGUGCAAGAUGCGCUACAGUUACGUAAAGAUGUAUCACCGGAAAUGUUCGAACAACUCGAUGAGAGACGACGGCGCCGAGUGGGGCUUCGUGCAGGUCCCCUCCCACUGCGCCUGCGAACUGAUCCCCGACAACACCAACGACAAAGAGUGUUUGAACUAAGACUGGCUGUGUCAGCAUCCUGCAUUCCUUCGCGAAACAGCAGGACCGCACGCUGCCUCCUUCAUCCCUACAUGGCCUAGCGAGAAGGCUAGGCUGCCUUACAUAGUCCUACAGGAUCUCGGGGCAUCCCACUCUUGCCCUACACAUCUCUGCAGGAGCCCCAGGUCACCCUGUACAGCCCUACACGACCUCCAAGUUGACCGAGGGCGGCCUCCUGGUGCCCCGCGUCCCCUGUGCGUCGACCCCCGCGGGGCCGUCGCAUCAAAGUCCUUAUUCAUUAAAACAUUAGCAACACGC